GUUGUACGUCUUGCAUUCCACGAAGUUCUUGUCUUAGAAAAGUUAAAUAAAACACAUCUAUAUGAAAGGAAACGUCAAAACACAGCUCUGUGUUAACGCAGUUGGCCUUAGGCUGAGUUUUCUGCACACUAAUUGGCAUUUGGUUGGUUCACGCCCCAUGCCAUGAUUGCAUGUUACACAACAAGUUAUACAAUAAGCCAGUGACAGUAACGAAUGAAUACUAAACUUUUCUCGGGGACCCACGUUGCGCAAACAGGGAAGGCAACAUAUUGUCAUUUGUAGUGGGCAUGGUUCGGAAACGCUGUUGAUACCAAAUUAACUGACAGUGUUCGCACCUUUCCAGCUAAGCGAAGCAUGUCGAUCUAUCGGAAUGCCGUAUGGUUUAUGAAGGGGCUCAGUGAGUACACAAAGAGCGGGUAUGAAGCAGCGGCCAAGCAUUUUAUUCCAUCAGACCUUGAAGUGAAUGUAACAGGACGAUCCUUUAUGAUUACUGGUGCAAACAGUGGCAUUGGGAAAGCAGUAGCUACAGCGAUAGCAAAAAGAGGUGGAAUAGUUCACAUGGUUUGUAGAAACAAGGAUCGUGCAGAAGAAGCUAAGGAGGAGAUUGUCAAAGAAAGUAGUAAUGAAAAUGUCUUUGUGCAUAUUCUUGAUAUGUCUAAUCCUAGAAGGAUCUGGCAGUUUGCACAGAAGUUUAGCCAAGAAAAUAAAAGCUUGAAUGUUUUGGUAAAUAAUGCAGGUUGCAUGGUGAAUCAACGAGAACUUACAGAGGAUGGACUUGAAAAGAACUUUGCCACAAAUACUUUAGGUACCUACAUUUUAACAACUGCUUUGAUACCUUUGUUAGAAACUUCAGAAGCUCCUCGUGUGAUAACUGUGUCUUCAGGAGGAAUGCUAGUACAAAAGUUAAAUGUAAAUGACUUGCAGUUUGAAUCUGGACAGUUUGAUGGCACUAUGGCUUAUGCACAAAAUAAGAGACAACAGGUGAUCCUUACAGAACAGUGGGCAAAACUACACAAGAACAUUCAUUUUUCUGUUAUGCAUCCGGGUUGGGCUGAUACUCCAGCUGUGAGAUCAUCUAUGCCUGACUUUUAUGAGAAGAUGAAGAACAGGCUGCGGACGGAGGCUCAGGGAGCAGACACUGUGGUGUGGCUGGCAGUUUCUCCUGCAGCAAGUCAUCAUCCUAGUGGUCUUUUCUUUCAAGACAGGAAGCCUGUAUCCACCCACCUACCCUUGGCCCAGACAAGGUCAUCCCAAGAAGAGGAGGAGAAACUGUUGAAAUCUUUACAACAACUCACAGAAAAAUUCAAAAAUGGUUCUUUAUAAUGUCACUUCUCAUUUGUAUACAUUGUACUGGUCUGCCUGUGCCUAUUGCGAAUGAGAUUGUCACUGCUUAUUAAUAAAAUGUGUAAACUGA